GUACGGGUCGUGGACUUGACAAUUGAAUCGUUUAUUUGAGAAAUUUAAUGCAUCGUUCAGUUUGAGGUGAAAAUGAGAGUUUUGCAUACAGUGCCUCUUAAUUUUAGUAACACUUGAGCUUCUCCUUGUUUUAUUAAAAAAAUGUUUUUUUUUUGAAAUAGUAGUUCCAUGCUGUGGUUUAAAUCUUUUUGCAUUCCAGUAUGUACUACUAGAAGACCAUACUUAGUAUUGCAGAAGUAAUAUCUCAAGAAAAAUCGAGAUAAAUAUAAUAAAAGUCUUAAAUAAUAUGCAUUUUUUUUUUACAAAACUAUGUCAAAUCGUCCCAAAAGUUUUUCAAGCUCAUUUCAAAAUUGUUUUGAGGUGCAAAAAACAUUCCACAAGCUUUUUUCUAGUUUUUAAAUUUUAUAUAGUUUAGUUGUUUAGACCAAAUUGGAUAACUUAUCUAAAAGUAAGCCUGAGUUUAACCAUUCGUCAAACUGGCUGUCCAAGAACACUUAAUCGAAAUGCAAACAACACAUUAAUCAAGAAGGGUUUGACCAAAAUCAACAUCGAACAGACUUAAGCCGCAUCUACUCUCUACCCAUUUGGCGUGGAACUGCUCGAUCUGAGUUGGCAAAUUGAUACCUAUUCGCGAGGUGUGUUCUAUUAAUAGGAAAAGUGCAACGGUAGAAGCCGAGAAUCGGCGAUUGAAAAAUAAAGCUGAAAGUGAAAGUGUUUGGAGUGAGCAGCUUUCCAAAUGGAUCACGACUACGGUUUCGACCUGGAGGAAGCUAUCAAAAGAGAAGGUCUGUCCAGAGCCGAUCUGCAAGCGUUGCGAACGCCUCCCAUCGAAGGAGUCCCACUGGACAUCACCGAUAGGUUGCUGGCCUGCUUUCUCAAUGCAUGUAGGAAAAAUGUCCCCGAAACACGGAAAGUCAUCAAAAUCUACUACCAAGACCGUCGAGAGGCUCCGGAGUUGUUCGACAAUCGUGACCCGCUGAAUCCAAAAAUCCAACAAUGCUUCCAAAACCAGGACUACUUUUUCCUGCCACCUACCCCGGCUGGCCAUUCCGUGAUCUUCCACCGAUUGAGCAACCCUAAGGCGUCCAACUACCACUUCGACGAAGCAGUAAAAACCUACUUCAUGCUUAUAGAAACCUGUAUGUACCAUCAAGGUCCCCGCCCGGGCCUGAUCUGCCUGUUCGACAUGAACAACGUGGGGCUGUCGCAUCUGCUGCGGGUCAAAAUCGGCACCAUUCGAAAAUUCUUCCACUACCUGCAGGAGGGCUUGCCGGCCAAGCUGAAAGCCAUUCACGUGUUGAACGCCGUCUCUUUCUUCGAUAAGGUUCUCUACAUCAUCAAACCAUUCAUGCAUGCUGAAAUUCUAAAUAUGCUCUUUCUAUACCCCACAAAUACUAGCUUGGAAAAGUUGUAUGACGAGUGGAUUCCCCGCAGUUGCUUACCAUCGGACUACGGUGGUGAGCUGAAAUCUGUCGCUGAGUUACAUCAAGAGCACCUGAAAACUUACCAAUCACUUCGGCCGUACUUCCUGGCCGAAGAGCGACAACGGAAGGGAGAUUCCAAGCUGAUAGAAGAAACGAGCAACAAGAUUAAAUCUUUGGACAUCGAUUAGCGGGCGUUCUUCUACAUAUCGCGCUUGCCCAUAGAGAUGAUGUUUAGCCAAAAUAACGAAAAUAGCUGCACAAAUAUUUUACAUACACUAUCCAUUACAUUCAUCUGGCUCGUUCAAUGUGAGCUUUGAGCUUAAGGAAACUAAUUGUGAUAUUAUGCAAUUGCUCAAGUGAAACUUACAUAUUCGAAUAAUUCGUUUAGGUGGAAUUUUAAUUGGGCUUGGGAAUAAUUGUAAAAAAAGAGUUGUUAAGCUGAAUCGUGGCUUCAAGUUGAGCAAAACAAUAAAUUGGUACAUAUUCUUUUUAAAA